AUGAAGGCCGCGGCGCCCAUCAACAGCAUCGCGCACAAGUUAGGCAGCCAAAGCUUUCUCCCGGAGACGCUGGACAAGGAGUGCGACAAGGCUGCGACAAUACUCAAGGCAUUCUGCAAGAAGGGAGUCUAUGCCGACCCUGCGGCCACUUCGGUGCCCACCUCGACCGAUCCCAACGCAGUCGAAUCGACCGACAGAGUCAUUGACCCGACAAAGGAGAAACCCAAGAAUCGCGUCAUCGUCACGAUUCCCCCCAAGGUCAUCGCCAAAGCCGUUGGCCUUGCCAUAUUCACCACGCUCCGUGCCGGUUUCCAGGUGUCUGGUGCUACAGGCUCAGGAAUCCUGAUUGCGCGUCUCCCGGACGGCACCUGGAGUCCUCCCUCUGGCAUCCAGCUGCACUCCGUCGGCGGCGGAUUCCAGAUCGGCCUUGAUAUCUACGACUGCGUCUGCGUCAUCAACAGCAAGGAGGCUCUUGCGGCCUUCACCAACACGCGCGUCAGUCUAGGCAGCGAUCUGGCCGUCGUGGCUGGUCCGUAUGGUGCUGGUGCCGCCGUUGAGUUUGGUGCGCCCUUGGAGAUGAAAGGGAAGCAAGGGAAGCAAGAAGGGCCCGAGGAUCAACAACAGCAAUCGCAGCAGAAGCUCCAGCCAGCAGACAACAGCAAGCAGAGCCACAGGCGAAGUCUCAGCGCCAGCGCAACCAAGCCCGUCUUCUCAUAUGUCAAGUCGCGAGGCUUCUACGCCGGCAUCCGUAUCGAUGGCACCGUCGUUGCUGAGCGCAAAGAAGCAAACGCUGCCUUUUACGGCCAGGCUGUCUCCGUAGACCAGAUUCUCAAGGGUCAAGUGCCGCCUCAAGGACCCCCCGGAAUGUGGCCGGCUGGAGCUCAAACACUGUACAGCGUUCUCAAGGGGGCCGAGGCCGGUGCUUUGCAAGCAUCUUCCGGUAACAGCAGUCCAGGGCACCACCAACAACAGACCGCGCAAGGCUACGACUAUUCUCAACCAGGCCAAGGUCAGCAGCAGAUGUCCCUUCCCUCGUACGCGGAGAGUGGACCACGUCCAAUUGAUGGCGACAUCAAGUACGCCUGA